CACACCAUGAUCCCUUGCCCAAUUACGUCCUGCGCCGCCAUUUCAUCCAAUCUCGGCCUGUCGUCCUCCUCAUCUCGUUUCUUCCUCAACUGCGAAGCUCCAAGUUCAAGUGACCAUGAAGAUCACGGCCCUUUACGUCUACCCCAUCAAGGGCCUCCGCGGGAUUGGGCUCAAGUCGGCUCAAAUCGGGCCGCAAGGGAUUGAACAUGACCGGAGAUUUAUGUUGUACGAGGUGCAUUCGACCACGGGAGAGCUGAAGAAGAUCCAGGUGGACUCGCACCCUCGCUGUGCCCUGUUUGAGCAGCAGUUCGCCCGGGAAUCUGAAGACGGGGUGCCAGGCCGGAUCAUCGUGCGCUUUCAUGGCAGCUCUCCUCACGGCUCCGAGACCGCCGAGGAAAACAAGACGAUCGAGGUCCCGCUGACACCGGAUUGGUCCUCUCUGGAGAAGGUCGACGUGGUUCUGCACGGCAGUCCGGCCUCGGCCUACCGCAUGGGUGACCCAUACGACAGCUGGUUCGGCCGGCACUUUGGCGUCCGGACUAUCUUGGUGUACCUGGGCGACGGGCGUCGAGCUGUCCUCGGCAAGACGCUCCCUCCAACACCGGUCCAGGAACCGCAGCGACAAGGAUGGAUCUCGUCGCUGACCUCUUACAUAACGGGAUCCCAGGGCGCGGGAACGGGUUCUGGCUCGGGCCCGUGGAUCACAUUUGCCGACGUGGCACCCCUAUUGGUCACAUCUGAGAUGUCCCUUCGGGACGUCAGGGACCGCCUUCUCGGAGGCCUGCCUUUGGAAAUGUUCAAGUUCCGGCCCAACAUUGUUGUCGACGGCGAGGGCGAGAGUGCAUGGGCCGAGGACUUCUGGGCCGAACUGAGCAUCGGGGCAGUCGGCCAUGGCGACCGGAGGAGGGUCCUCCAGCUAACGGGCAACUGCGUGAGGUGCAUCAGCCUGAACGUUGACUAUAACACAGGGAAGCCGGCCGAGGGCGAGCUGGGGAACGUUUUGAAAAGAUUGAUGAAAGAACGGAGGGUGGACAAGGGAGCAAAAUGGUCGCCCGUCUUUGGCCGGUAUGCGUUCCUUGACAGCCGCCAUGCCCGAGACAUCACCGUGUCGGUCGGCGAUGAUGUCGAGGUGACGAGGCGCAACACUGAACGGUCUGUUUGGGACUGGCCAGAUUUGUGAGGGCUCGCCUUGACGGGUAUCAUUCUUCUCUUGCGUUUCAUGCGUGGGCCGUUUCUUCCCCUUCCGCUUGCUAGAGAUUCAACACGAUUUCACUAAACUAGGUAAUUACCUACCUUUGGUAAGGUCAUCAACAUAUACCCAUG